AUGGUCGCGGAUGCAUGGUUUGGCUUCUCAUGGCUCCUCAACCAGCUCACCAAGCUCAACCCUAUCAAACGCGUCCCCGACCUCGCCGCCCUCGCGGACCAGCACGGCGAUGCCAUCCUCCCAGGGAUCGACGUCUUUGUCACCACUGUCGACCCCGUGGACGAACCCGUCCUUUACACCGUCAACACCGUCCUCUCCAUCCUCGCCGCCGACUACCCCAUUGACUACCUCUCAGAUGACGGUGGUACGCUGGUGCACUACGAGGCGAUGACCCAAGUGGCCAGUUUCGCUGCGUUGUGGGCCCCGUUCUGCCGGAAGCAUUGCGUCGAGCCAGGGUCCCCAGAGAACUACUUUGGGAUGAAAGCACAGCCGUACGCCGGGAGUAUGGCGGGAGACUUCACGAGGGAUCGUAGGCGUGUUCGCAGAGAAUACGAUGAGUUCAUGGUGAGAAUAGAUUCCCUUUCUACAACCAUCCGCCAACGAUCAGAUGCAUACAACAAUGGAGAUGUUGUACAUGCCACUCGGAUGGCCGAUGGGGCACCUUGGCCGGGUACAUGGGUUGAGCAAGCUGAGAACCAUCGAAGAGCACAAUAUGCUGGGAUUGUUCAGGUCAUAUUGGACCAUCCAGGUUGUAAACCGCAGUUUGGAUCAUCGGCGAGCACCGACAAUCCCUUUGACUUCAGCAACGUUGAUAUGAGACUCCCGAUGCUUGUCUACAUAUCCCGGGAGAAGCGGCCUGGUUAUGACAACCAAAAGAAGGCAGGCGCCAUGAACGCUGCUCCGUGUCUCGGCAUUGCUCUCCAACGCGCCCUUCAUUAUUAA